AUGCUUUCCAUCCUCUUCGAUCGAAUGCGUGUCGAAGGCGUCGUCGAUGCUUUUCAGACGACGAAACUACUCUGGUGGCAACGACGCGGUCUAGUCGAGACCUCCACAGAAUAUGCCUUCUGCUAUGCUACUGCACUGGAGUACUUGAAUCUUUACGAGCCACUCCCCAUCAACCAAAUGACUACACAAACGCCCUCCUCCACCCUCUCCUAG